AAUUCAUCUUCAAUGAUGGCGGCGGAAAGCGACAGGAACGCUAAAGGAGUAAAGAAACAGCGCUAUAAAAGCAUGUAUUUGUACCAGUUAGCUGUCAGUUUGAUAGGUGUGGCUGUCGGCGUUUUCCAUCGUGGGCAUGUAUCUACACUGUUCGAAAAUGACCGUCAUUUCUCGCAUUUAUCCGAAAUCGAGAGGGAAAUGUCAUUUCGCACGGAAAUGGGAAUGUAUUACUAUUACUACAAAACGAUCGCGGAAUCGAAAACGUUCAUGGACGGUCUGAGAAAAAUCACACACGAUAACAUUUCGGAGUACGGAAAUGUUAUUGACGCGACUAAAAAGUAUAGCUUGUUGCCAGAGGUACUAGCCGGAUACCUUUAUCACUGUGCCAAGAGUAUGGGAAUCAUUUCCAUAGAGCAGUGUUGGCAAGUAGAACGAGGAGAAGGUCUGAGACCUGUAACCAGCUGCGAAGGCUUAGGUGUACCCAUUUAUUUUUACUUAGAGGUUGUGUGGUACUGCACAAUGUUCACUGUGGUUAUACUAUUCUAUUAUGCUAUAGUUCUGGGCAAUAGCAUAAAGAGCGGAAUCAUAGCUACGCUAUUUUUCUUUUACAAUCAUAACGAAUGCACCAGAGUGCAAUGGACUCCGCCGUUGCGUGAAAGUUUCGCAUACCCUAUACUGCUCUUUCAAAUGUACAGUACGACUGUGAUUCUUAGGCAAAGUACUACUCCAGGUUCUGACACGGAUGCUCUGAUGAGAAUGGGUGUAUCCACGAUAAUCAGUCUAUGCUGUUGGCAAUUUUCUCAAUUUGUGUUCACCACACAGAUCAUAGCUUUAUUGAUAUUAAAAUGGAUGAAGAUAAUCUCAAAUGAUCUCUAUAUAUGCAUUUGCGUAAUUCAGGGUUCAAGUGCCGCGUUAGCGAUGAAUGUAGUGGACAGAAAUCCCUUACUCUACUCUUUGUAUUUCUGUCUUUUGUUCACUAGCUGCUUUUUGAGUUUCGCCAUUAAAUUCUCCAAAUUCAUGAAUACAAAAGUACAAACGAUCUUAGAAAUUGUUCUCACAAUCGUCUGUACAACAGUAUUGAAAUCCGAUUUCUCCAUCAUUUGCGAGGACGACGCGCACGUGUUCAAUUUACUCAAGUCAAAGCUGACCGAUUACAAGGAUUUCCACACGAUGCUGUACACCUGCUCCGCAGAGUUCGACUUCUUACAGUACAGAAGUUACGAGACGAUCGUGAAGACGUUGCUGUUGCCAUGUGCCGUACUCGCCGGAAUGUUGGCGCUCUAUUUUUGGUACAGAAACUAUCAAAUCAAAGGAUACCCGAAAUGCAUAGACGCGGAUUUAGCGUACAACGGCCUGCAGACUGGAGCGUUCAUCAUCAUGGCGAUAUUUAUCAUGAGACUGAAACUCUUCAUGAAUCCGCAUCUCUGUAUAAUUGCCGGCACGGUUUGCUCUAACAGGUACCUGGAGAAAUUUGGUUUGAAAAAUGAGAUGAUGAAGACUGCGGUUACUGUUCUAUUGAUAUCAGCAAUGUCUUAUCACGGUUUGGAGAAACUUCAAGAAGAAAGAAGCAUUAUAGGUGAAUACAGCAACAUCGAACAAGAAGAAUUAUUCGAAUGGAUAAAAAGCAACACACCUGAGCACGCUGUGUUCGCGGGAAAGAUGUCUUUGAUGGCUAAUUUAAUGCUCUCCACUGGAAGGCCCAUAGUCAAUAACCCCUAUUACGAGAGCAAGGAGAUGAGAGACCGGACGAUGAAGGUCUACGAGAUCUUCAGUAGAAAAGAUGCAGCAUCCGUGUAUUUCAAUCUGAGGAACAUGCACGUGGGAUACGUGGUGCUGGAGAAAUCACUAUGUUUUGGCUCCGCGAAUUUACAAAUUGGAUGCCAAAUGAUCGAUCUCUGGGACAUGGUCGACAAUGGAACCGCGAAAUCCGCUGGGAAGUUACCCCUCUGUCCGUUGUUGUUCCGUGGAAACGCUUACCCCUUCAAGAGGGCCUUUGUAAAUAAUCGUUACGUCGUUUUGCAGCUCGAUUACUCUUACUACGUCGAAGUGAAACCAAAGACUUCCAUUCCUCUUCAUUAUCAAUCUUAAAAUCAUUUCUUGUGUUCGUGCGACAAAUCGAUGAUACCUCGCGAGAAGAUACUUUUCCCAAAAGUUGUAUAUGAGAGAGAGAUAUAUAUAUAUUUCUUUGAAAAGAAUGACUGGAGUGCGCCAGAGUUGUUGGCAGUGAAAUUUGAAUAAAGGGUUAGAGUACCUAUGCGUCCCUA